AUGACGUUAGACUCAGUUGGUAACACGCUGCAUCUUGGAGCCAGCAGUAAUAGAGAAAUUAUGGAUUACCUUGCGCAGAUCGUAUGCGAUUCAAGCGAAGUACAGAUACUGGAUUAUUCGUUCAACAGCACUGUACCACAUAUCACGCCCUGUACCCAAGCAUCCUUGCUUGUCUUCAUCCCAUUUGCAUUUUUAGUAGCUUUUAGUCCUUUUAUUUUAUAUGACCUCAAAAAAAGCCGUCAUCCUCCAUUGGAAUUUUAUUCACCAACUGUUGCUCGAAUAAUUCUUUGUUUUUUAUUGGUAAUAAACCGUUUCAUUUCUAUGAUCAUAAAUCUGUUAACAUGGUUUUGGGCACCAUCGUCUUAUCAGCCAUACAGUAUCACGUCCUGUUUCUGGCAAACUUUAACCUACUGUAUCUGUCUUUUAUUACUAAUUGCAUAUCGCAAUCGUGGUUUAAUCACUUCUGGUGUCUUAUUCAAUUUCUGGCUUGUUGUUGCAAUUUGUGCAUUUCCAGAACUACGAACACGAGCCAGCUACUUCGAAGAGUCAACCUCUGUUCAGGUUGAGCAACAAAUAUCAGUGCAGUAUGUAUUGUAUAUAUUUUAUUACUCGUUUGUAGUUUUCGAAGUAUUUCUGUCUUGCUUUGCUGAUCGACCAAAACAUUGGAUAAGAGAUCCUAAAUUUUGUCCUGAAGAUGAAUGCUCUUAUCUGAAUAGAAUAACUUUUAAUUGGUUCCAUAGCUUAGCAGUUCGUGGCUACAGAAAACCGAUAGAAAUUGAUGAUUUGUGGCGAUUACGCUCACACGAAGAAAGUGCAAAUUUAAUACCAAAAUUCAAACGCCACUGGGUACCUGCAAAGCUUGGUCCAAAGUCUCAACCAUCAUUAAUAUGGGCGCUUGCAAAAACCUAUCGUUGGACUAUAUUUGCUGGUGCUGCGAUGAAAUUCAUAUUUGAUCUUCUAAAUUUUGUCAGUCCUCAACUGCUCAGUGCGCUAAUAACAUUUAUCGAUGAUAUGAAGCGACCGUUUUGGAUGGGUAUAGCUAUAUCAUUAUCCAUGUUUUUUGUUGCUGCUCUUCAGUCAAUGAUUUUGCAUCAGUAUUUUCAUAAGAUGUUCAUGUUAGGUGUUGAUAUACGAUCUGUUCUUACUAACGCUGUAUACGUUAAGGCUUUAGUUUUAUCUAACUCAGCUCGAAAAAGUCGAACUGUUGGUGAAAUUGUAAAUUUAAUGUCCGUUGAUAUUCAACGCUUCCAAGACAUCACUAGCUUCAUUAUGCUGUUUUGGUCAGCUCCAUUCCAGAUAUUGCUGGCUGUUUAUUUUCUCUGGCGAUUACUUGGCGUUGCCAUCGUUGCCGGUCUUACCGUGCUUUUCGCUACGAUUCCAUUAACUUCAUAUAUAUCCGUGCGAAUGAAAAAUUGCCAGGGAAAGCAGAUGAAAUUGAAAGACGAACGUUUGAAAUUAAUGUCAGAAAUUUUGAAUGGAAUCAAAGUGAUCAAAUUUUAUGCUUGGGAAAGAAGCAUGCAGAAAUUAAUUUUGGAAAUCCGAGAAAGAGAAAUAGCCGUACUUCGCGAAAUUGCUCUUUACAAUGCAGCAAUAUCAUUAACUUGGUCUUGUGCACCGUUUCUCGUUGCUGUCGUUACUUUUGGUUUAUAUGUUAAAAUUGACCCACAACAUAAUCAUCUGACGCCUCAGGUGACAUUCGUUGGUCUGUCACUCUUAAAUCUAAUUCGCUUUCCGAUGACAAUCUUUCCGUUGAUAUUCAGUCAAGGAACGCAGUGCUCGGUGAGCAAUGCUCGACUCAAAUCAUUUUUGUCUGAUGAUGAAAUGCAUCCGUUUGCAACAGAUGCAUCUCUAUCUGACGGUUGUUCGAUUUCAAUUCAGAAUGGUAAUUUUUUUUGGGAAAGUAAUGAAGUGGUAUUGAAAGAUAUCAAUUUGACAGUGAGAAAAGGCGAACUUGUUGCUGUUGUUGGAAAAGUGGGCAGUGGCAAAAGUGAAAUGGAUAAGGUAAGCGGUCAUGUUAGUAUUAGUGGGUCAGUUUCUUAUGUUCCGCAGCAGCCAUGGAUUCAAAAUCUAUCAUUAAUGGAUAAUGUCUUAUUCGGCACACCGAUUGAUCCGAAACGUUAUGACACAGUAAUCAAUGCAUGUGCUUUGAAACCUGAUCUUGCUACUUUACUUGCGGGUGACCAAACUGAAAUUGGGGAAAAGGGGAUAAAUCUGAGUGGUGGUCAAAAACAUCGUGUAAGUCUUGCCCGUGCUGUAUAUGCAGAUUCGGAUAUCAUUCUACUAGAUGAUCCACUUUCAGCAGUUGAUAUUCAUGUUGGCCGACAUAUAUUUAAUCAUGUCAUCUCAUCCCAAGGAGGUCUUUUAGCCAAGAAAACGCGUGUUUUGGUCACAAACGGAUUGCACUACUUGAAAUAUUGUGAUCGGAUUAUUGUAAUGAAAGGUGGUAUGGUAGCGGAAGUGGGCACAUUUGAGGAACUAAUUCAAGCACAGAGUGAAUUCUCUGAAUUUCUAGAGGAAUUUCUGGUGAAGGAAGUAAAAGAACGUGUACAGUCUCAAGACAAAAAAACAGAAGAAAUGGAAGAACUUCUUAAGGAUUUAAGAUAUUUAAAUCCGCAACAGCUGAAAUGUUUGGAAGCUCUGACUAUUGCAAGUUUAACGGGAGAGAAAUAUAUUAUCAAUUCAACUAAUGCAUCAUCUGCUAAUGAUUCACUUCCAUUAGAAAAAGUUUCAGAAAGACAGGGACAUAUUGUCGAAAACAGUGCUAUCAUGGAAAAAAUCAAUCAUGGGUCACCAAAAAGUGAAGGUCGUGAAAAAUCGGUUGCAACAUUGGCAGAUAUGAAGAAUACACCAGUUAUCUCAGAUAAUAAUGAGCGAUCUAAAUUGAUUGAAAAAGAAGGCGUUAAUGUUGGAAAGGUAAAAGUCGACAUAUAUCUUGCAUACCUUCAAGCUAUUGGUUACGGCUCAACUGCAAUCUUUAUUACUAUUUAUGUCUUUUCGUCAAUACUCGGCGUUUUAUCCAAUUUGUGGCUAGCAAAUUGGUCAGAUCAUGCUAAAACUGUGAAUGUCACAGAGGUAGAUGAAAAUGAUACAAACUGGCGGUUAGGGAUUUAUACAAUUCUGGGUUUGGGUCAAGGUAUGUUGUUCAAAAACCUUUCAACUUUUGUCUUAAAUGUUUUUCAAUUCUAUCGCGAUUUUUAUAUGCAUCUUUCUACUGUAACGUAUUCUGAUUUCACGCGGAAAAUACUAAGAAUUUCCAAAACAUUCGCAGUGGUGCGCAAUCCUUUCCAGUCGACUUCUAUGGUUUGCAUUGGUUCCAUUGCUAUGGCAUGUGGUAUGGUUUUUGCCAGUCGUAAAUUGCACGAAAAAAUACUUCAAAAUAUUUUGCACUUACCUAUGGCAUUCUUCGAUGUAACACCUCUUGGACGUAUUUUAAACCGUAGUGACUGCGAGGUAGGGAUGCGAAUUGUGAAAUUAAUGAUGAAAAUGUUGACAUUUUCAGUGUGGUCAGGUGGAUUUUUGAUUGCCAACCAGUUAAAUGGGAAAUUGCAGGAUAUAGAGAUAGUGGACACAUUACUGCCGCAUACAUGUCAUUCAUUCAUAUCAACCGUGCUUGUUGUUUUAAUGACAACGGCUGUAAUUUUGUACGCGACACCGAUGUUUUCAAUGGUCAUUCCUUUCCUAGCGACUGUUUAUUUCCUUGUUCUGGAUAUGCAAGAUGUCGACCAGCGCUUAUCAUCGUCACUGACGACCCUGAUCGGAUGUGUUGUCACAGCUUUUAUUAUUAUGAUUGUACCGCGAUUCUAUAUUUCAACGUCACGACAGUUGAAACGUCUUGAGUCCGCUGCAAGGUCUCCAAUUUAUUCACAUUUCCAAGAAUCGAUUCAAGGAGCUGUUUCAAUUCGAGCGUAUCAGUGCAUAGAUCGUUUUGUUCAUGGAUCUCAGAGUCUCCUUGAUAAUAAUAUUUUAAUACAGUAUCAUUCUCUGGUUGCUAAUCGAUGGCUGGCAGUACGAUUAGAACUUAUUGGCAAUCUUAUUGUAUUCUGUUCUGCAAUUUUUGCAAUAUUUUAUCGAGAAAGUGGUUCAGUAACUGCUGGUUUAGUUGGAUUGUCCAUUGCAUAUGCUCUCAGUAUUACGCAAACUUUAAACUGGGCCGUACGCAUGGCAAGUGAGUUCGAAACCAAUAUUGUAGCUGUUGAGCGUCUCAGGGAAUAUACCGAAUUGCCUACUGAGUGUUCAUCAAAUCAAUCCUUUCUCUAUAAACCUCCGCGAGAUUGGCCAAGUAAAGGAGAAAUCGUAUUUGAGAAACUGAAAAUACGCUAUCGUGAAAAUUUAGAAUUUGUUUUGAAAGGGAUUGAUGCGAAAAUUCGUCCAGCUGAAAAAGUCGGUAUUGUUGGUAGAACUGGUGCAGGUAAAAGUUCCCUUACCCUUGCUUUGUUUCGUAUUGUUGAAGCAGAUUCAGGAAGAAUACUAAUUGAUGAUGUUGAUAUUUCCAAAAUAUCUUUAAAUGAUCUUCGUUCGAAACUUACCAUUGUUCCGCAGGAUCCUGUUAUAUUUUCUGGAACAUUACGUAUGAAUCUUGAUCCAUUCGGUCGUUUUGAUGAUUCUGUAUUAUGGGAAGCAUUACGAAUUGCACAUUUGGAUUCACUUGCACAUUCAUUCCCCCAAAAGUUGGACCAUCAUUUGAGUGAAGGCGGUGAAAAUAUAAGUGUGGGACAAAAACAGUUACUUUGCUUGGCUCGAGCAGCAUUAAGAAAAAGUCAAAUUUUGAUCUUGGAUGAGGCAGCUGCGUCCGUGGAUAUGGAGACAGAUGCGCUCAUACAAAAAACUAUUCGAGAGCAAUUUUCCAAGUGUACAGUGCUCACAAUUGCACAUCGCUUGAAUACUAUCGUAGAAAGUGACAGAGUAUUGGUUUUUGAAAAGGGCUGUGUUCGAGAAUUCGACACGCCAAAAAAGUUACUAAAUGAUCCAAAUUCAUUGUUCUACUCUAUGGCUAAAGAAUCUGGCUUGGUAAACAAUCCAUAAUA